AUGCCUGCACCAGAGGAUGAGCUACCGGAUCGGCGCCAGGGCUCCGAAAGCUCAGGGAAUAGCAGCUAUGUUUCGCAGGAGACCAUAAGGAAUUCUGAGAUACGCCAUAAGAGGUCAGGCAUCAUCAACGCUCGCAAUCCGGAUAGUUUCCCGGUUGAUUUAAAAUUUCCCCAAAAAUUCAAAAUUCCUCAUAACAUUCUGUUGUGCAAUUUUGCGUGUUUUGCAUCUGUACGUAAAUUACUGGCUGCUAAUUCACCGCUUAGUUCUGAGUUAACUCAACCUCCGCGACUCGACUGGGGCUGGACUUGGGACUCUCCAGAUAUCUCCCCGACAGAAGAACGCAAGGGCUCUGGGUUUAAAGGCCAUCGAAAGGCUCUCGCUCUUCUGGGUGAAGGGAAUGAUCCUACCAAAUCACUGGGCACUGGUCCACGACUCCCGCCCAUCAAGGCAUCACUUCCAAACCCCAACCCCGAAGACGCUGAAUCAAUUGGUCCUUGGGUUACAACUGCUGGAUCAGAAGGCCACGGCACAUUUUACAAUGAAUUUUCGGAGCAAGAAACUUCACCCGCAUCGGCGACUUCUCGCCCAACGACGGGGCGGGCCUUUUCUAGGGAUCAAGCCGAGUUGGAGCCCCGAGAUAAUCGGAGACCAUCUGCAGUCAGCAUGACCAGCAGCCAGGGAUCGAAAUCGAGUACAAGCCACAAACCUUGGAAGAAAAAGCCAAAGGCCUUCACAAAUGAUGAUUACCAAACAGACAAAGGAGGGCCAAUGGGUCACCUCAAGGCACGCGAACGAGCCAACUCGGAUGCAACCGAUACGUCAUUUCGGCAUCCUCACUCUCGAUCGGAGACUCCGUUGCCGUCGAGUGAUAUUACACCGUGGGACUACCAGAGUUUCAAUGAUAUCCCACAUUAUGGCGAAGCGCCCGUGCGACCAGUACCCAUUGGACCUGAUGGCCAACGUUUGCCGUCUCGUGGAGGCACUCGCUCAGUGCACAGGGAGUCGAGUCGAAGAGGAGCUCCAAAUGGCCACCGACAUUCUCGCAGCAAAGAGGAAAAGACCACCAUCGCGGGCGAUUUGGCUGGAUAUCAAAGACGUCCCUCUGGAGCUGGACAAGAUGAUUUGACGGUUGGACUGAAGCCCUUUAACGAGAAUUACCUCAAUUCCUGCACCGCUAAGAGUUCUACCACUACACUGGGCGGCCGCUCAACAAGUCCAACCCCGAGUAUACAGAGUGCUAUCUACCGUGAGCAGGGCCAAAAUAGCCCGGGAGGCCCACCGAAUAAGGGAGGCCUACUAGGUCGAAUUGGACGACACUUCAAGCCUGUUGGGCAUAAACAGCACGACAAGAACAAGCGUGAUAAUUCCCCAACUCGAUAUCGACAGCUCAGUGUCGAAGGGACAUCUUCUCCUCGUUAUGGAGAUUCAUUUGAUCUGGACCGCAAGAAGGAAUCUGGAAAGGGUCUCGGAAUCGGGGGUCGCAAAUUUGGUCCUCGGCGAGGAUUCAGCAAUAUAGCAGGUGAUCUUCAUGGUUCCAGGUCCGACGUCUCACGAAAUGACGAGGGACAUGUCUUUACACUUGACACUGACCUUAGGACGAUGCAUGGAAUCGUUCGUGCAGCUUCCCCCGGAAGUACGAAGCGUGGGGUGGAUGAGACAAAUGUACCGCGCGAGGACUCCACCAAACCUGAAGACGACGAUCGUUGGCUUGCACCCGAAAGUUGGCAUGUGAAGAAACAUAAUGAUUCUGCUGCAGAAUCCGCGGAGGGAACACCGCAAGCUUUGAACGGUCGAGAGGCGUCUUAUUUCAUUCGAGUAUUCCGUAUCGACUCGACCUUUGCCACUCUAUCUGCACCAGUGAACGCUACAGUAGAUGAAAUUCUCUCCAUGUUGGGUCGAAAAUCUUUCUUGCAGGAUCAUUUGAACAAUUACGAGAUUGUGCUUCGGAGGAAUGACCUCUCCCGACAGCUCGACCAUAAGGAGCGGCCGAUUUUGAUGCAAAAGCAACUGCUAGAGGAAGUGGGCUACAAAGAUCAGGAUCGGAUUGAAGAUGUUGGUCGCGAAGAUCAUAGCUAUCUGUGUCGCUUCAUAUUUUUGCCGACCAAGCUCAGCGGGUACACGAGUCUGGAUGUCGAUCCGGGCUUCAACAAAAUCCAAAAGUUCAGCCAUGUUGAUCUUCAAGGCCGAAGCUUGGUCACAAUACCAAUCACCCUCUACAAGAAAUCGUCGGAGAUAAUCUCCCUGAACUUGUCGAGGAAUCUAUCGCUGGACGUGCCAAGGGAUUUCAUUCAAAGCUGCAUAAAUCUCCGAGAGAUCAAGUUUAUUGGCAACGAAGCAACAAGUGUUCCAUCGAGCUUCAGCUUGGCUAGCCGCUUGACUUACCUUGAUGUAUCCAACAACCUUCUAGAGCAGUUUGACCAUGCCAACCUAGACCGCCUUUCAGGCUUGGUGAGCAUCAAGAUGGCCAACAACCACUUGACAACCCUCCCAAGCUACUUCGGGGGGUUCCAGUACCUCCGAAGCUUGAACAUGUCCUCGAACGGCUUCAAGGUCUUUCCUGAAUUCCUCUGUGAGCUGACCAGCCUAGUUGACUUGGACAUCAGCUUCAACAACAUGGAAAAGCUUACUAAUAUCGGUAAGUUGACCACACUGGAGCGUCUGUGGAUGACAAACAACAAUAUUACUGGUCCUCUCGAUGAAUCUUUCAAGGACCUCGCGAAUUUGAAAGAAAUCGAUGGACGUUUCAACUCUAUAACGAACAUUGAUAGUCUCUCUCACCUCCCUAAGCUUGAGCAGCUCGUUUUUGGUCACAAUCAGAUAUCUAAAUUCCGAGGUGCUUUCCCCAAGCUACGCAGCCUGCAAAUGGAUCAUUGCCCUUUGACGCAGUUCGACAUCGAUGCCCCCAUGCCAACUCUGUCAACACUUAACCUUUCAUCCUGCAAGCUCUCCCAAAUCCGCGAUGGCAUGUUUGAAAACCUACCAAAUACCACCAAGCUCAUCUUGGAUAAAAACCAUUUGUCAUCUGUCUCUGCUCAAGUCGGCAAGCUCCGGCGGCUGGAGCAUUUCAGCAUCAUCAAAAACCCGCUCUCAUCCCUACCUGCCACCGUCGGGUACCUCGUGGAGCUCAGAGAGUUCAAUUUGAGAGAGUGCAAUUUGAAGUCUCUGCCCGAGGAGAUUUGGCAUUGCUGCAAGCUUGAAACUCUGAAUGUGUCUUCCAAUCUUCUGACAACCUUCCCCAAGUAUGGAUCAUUGCCCCCUCAGUCUCUCGGUGAACUGACACCCAUCGUUACUCCCGUCCAAACUCCGGGAAUAUCGGGCACCCCAACCUACGAGGAAUUGGGUCCCCUGGAUGAGAAUAACCUGCGUCGUCCAAGCCAAAACUCCACUGGGGCUGGUUCUUCGCCGAGUGGGUCCACCCUCAAUGCAUCCAUUGCCCCAUCUGUUGGACAGACAAGAAAAGUAUCGGCAGCGAGAUCAGUCACUGCAGAUUCAAGCUCGGUGUCAAGAAAGGAUUCGAACUUUUCCCAGCCAGGAAUGACACUCACAUUCUCGGGAUCUCUCCGAAAUCUGUAUCUCGCCGAUAAUCGCCUGGAAGAUGACAUAUUCCGUGAAUUAGCUCGUCUCCCGGAGCUGCGCAUCCUUAACCUCUCAUACAAUGAGCUGACGGAGUUGCCUCAGGGCCUUUUAAAACGUUGGCCGUUGAUCUCUGAACUCUACCUUUCUGGUAACGAGCUAACUUCUCUUCCAUCUGACGACCUGGAAGAGGGAAGCAACCUCAAAGUCCUCCACAUCAAUGCAAACCGAUUCCAAGUCCUCCCCGCUGAACUUUGCAAAGUUAGCAAGCUCUCCAUCCUGGAUGUCGGAAGCAAUGGAUUGAAGUACAACGUGUCCAACUGGCCGUACGACUGGAAUUGGAACUGGAACCGAAGCUUGAAGUAUUUGAAUUUCUCAGGAAACAAGCGAUUGGAGAUAAAACCCAACAUUGCAUCGUUGGGCUCUUCAGCUACUAACGGUACUGACCUGACGGACUUCUCCUCUCUUACUCAUCUCCGAGUUCUCGGUUUGAUGGAUGUAACCCUUACUAUCCCCACCAUCCCAGAAGAAACCGAAGACCGGCGAGUGAGAACUUCUGCGUCUUUAGCUGGCUCACUAGCAUAUGGAAUGGCUGAUACGCUUGGCCGGACGGAGCAUUUGUCCAUCAUUGAUAUGAUUGUUCCCCGCCUGAAGCCUGAUAAUGUUGAAACCUUGGUUGGCAUGUUUGACGGUCAAACUUUGUCGAGUGGCGGAUCCAGGGUUGCGAAAUAUCUCCACGAGCACUUUACCUCCACAUUUUCCCACGAACUCAAAAAGCUUCAGCGGGAUCACGGCGAAACGCCACUCGAUGCCCUGCGGCGUGCGUUCCUGUCACUGAACAAGAAUAUGGCAGGUUCCGCCUACAGAUCCAUCGAUGAUCGUGAACUUCGGCAAUAUCACCGGGGAUCCGCCUCGAAGCAGCUCAACCAAGAAGAUAUACACUCCGGCGGAGUGGCAACCGUAUUGUACAUGAACAACAUGGAUCUUUAUGCUGCCAAUGUCGGCGAUGUACAGGCCAUUCUCGUUAAAUCGGAUGGUACCUUGCGCUUCUUGACACGGGUCCAUGACCCUGCCGAGUCCAGUGAAAGAGCACGGAUCCGUGCCGCAGGAGGAUAUGUGUCUCGAAAUGGCAAGCUUAAUGAUGUGCUCACCGUAUCGAGAUGCUUUGGGCAUUUCCAAAUGAUGCCUUCCGUUAUUGCGGCUCCGUACACUAUGCACACCACACUUACCGAACAGGACGAAAUGAUCAUCAUAGCCUCAAAAGAGUUGUGGGAUUUCGUGACGCCUGAGCUCGUUGUUGACGUUACCAGAGAAGCUCAUCCGGAUCUGAUGUUUGCAGCUCAAAAACUAAGAGACUUGGCCAUUUCCUUUGGUGCUACGAAUAAGUUGAUGGUCAUGAUCCUUGGGGUCAGUGAACUACAAAAACGUCAGAGAUAUCGUCCGCGACCCAGCAUUUCCCUUGGUCCGUCACCGUUCUCUGACGAGCAGAUUGUCCCAGUCACCAAGACUCGAAAGAAGGCCCGUGACGUACCCGGAGAUUCUCGUCUUGCACGAUUUGAUCAUGUUGAAGCUCCAAUCGGCGAACUGGCUAUCAUCUUCACUGAUAUCAAAAAGUCUACCGCGCUUUGGGAAACCUGCCCAGAGGCAAUGCGCUCGGCUAUCUCCAUUCACAAUGACGUGUUACGGCGACAGCUUGGCAUUGUCGGCGGCUAUGAAGUCAAAACGGAAGGUGAUGCAUUCAUGGUAGCCUUUUCAACAACGACGGCCGCUCUAUUGUGGUGCUUCAACUGCCAGAACCAAUUGUUGGAGGCUGAAUGGCCAACGGAAAUUCUCGAGCAACCGCAGUGCAAAGUUCUCUUCGACAUCGAGAACAAUGUCAUUUUCCGCGGACUCUCUGUGAGAAUGGGUGGGCAUUGGGGUGAGCCUGUUUGCGAGAGAGAUCCGGUGACAAACCGUAUGGACUACUUUGGACCGAUGGUCAAUCGCGCUGCUCGAGUUUCCGCUGUCGCUGAUGGAGGUCAAAUUUUUGUAUCUUCCGAUUUCAUGAGCGAUAUUCAGCGCAACCUGGAGAUCUUUGCGGACAACGAACGUUCCGCAUCAACCAGCUCGAUUGACAGCCAUCCACGCGUUGAUAGUCUAGGACAUAACAUUCGUCGUGAGCUGCAGCAGCUCAACAGCCAAGGGUUCGUGAUCAAAGACCAAGGUGAGCGAAAGCUUAAAGGACUUGAGAAUCCGGAAUCUCUUUAUCUCGUUUAUCCCCACGCUCUUGCCGGUCGUCUUUCGGUCCUCGAAGACUCCCAAGACCCCCACGGACCAGCCAAGGUAAAGGCUGGAUCAGAGCUCCAGGUCAAGGCCGAUUUGAUUUGGAACUUGUGGGAAGUCACUCUUCGUUUAGAGCGCAUUUGUGGAUGCAUGGAGAACCCCAACUCGGCGAAACUUCGAGAGCCGAAUGUUGCCAUCUUCAACAUGGUAAAGAACCACGGAGGCGAGUUGAACGAUGCUACCGUGAUCAGUUUGGUUGAACAGCAGACAUCUAUCAAUACUCUUGUUGUUCGAAACAUGAUAAAUCCCUUCACGCCAGGCAGCAAUCCAUCCGACUAUGCUAUACCCAUGGCAGAAAUUCUGCAACAAUUGCAAAGUCAACUUGCCGACUACCGUUUGCUGAAAGACAAGAUGGCAGUCGGGGAUGCAGGCAACUCCAACACACCAUCGGAUAAAGUCAGUAGCAAUUUACAAUAA